UCACGAAAGUUUUCCCUACGAAACAAAUAUAAUGAAACAAAAAUAAACUCAUUUCUAUAAUACUUAAGUCUUUUAAGGGUCUCAGUCAAGACUUUUUAAACUUAGUUACACAAGUUACAAUGUUCCACUGAUUAUGUUAAGGGUUUGGAAAAAUAUUUGCAAAGAGUUCAGACAGCUAUGUGUUGGAGGUUCUGCAAACACUGAAACAGUACACAUAAGCAAUGGCUCUAUCCAACUGUCGUCAAAUCAAGAUGUCAACAGUUCCUGCAUUAAACUUUACCAACAAACUACAAAUGGCACUUUAUUGUGCGAGCCUGGAAAAUCCACCGAACACAAGCAUAAAUCUGCAGAAUCCAAUUCGUAUUACUAUAUUAACCAUAAAUGGAAUUUGUCCAAAUCAAUAUUUCUUGAAAUAUGUGGCUUGAGUUCAGCUGUUGCAUUGGGCUGGAAUCUCAGCCAACUGAGGCAGAAACAAAGCCAUCUUUAUGAUUUUUCAUCAAGUUUGGCAAAAGUCAUUACAGAUAUAGCCUUACCACAGCUUCGUAGUGGAAUCAGACUAACUAUAAAUGAUCUAUCCUCCAGCUCCAGUAGGGCAUUUUCUAAUGUGCUUUGUAACACUACUACAAACCAGGAUUCAAGCACCUAUGUAAAUACCACAACUGCCUUUGCAUUAUCUCUUACAGAAGAAAUCAAUCAGACCCUGGAGGAAAUGGUUAAAAGUCUGGAAACCAGCAGUGCUCUAGGCUUAGCAGACUGGCAAAAUUCUGUGGGAAUUCAGCUUAUCAAUUCAGCCAGGAAGAAAGAACUCUCCGAAUAUGACUACCUUAUCGAUCGUCUCGAAAGUGAUCGUUUUUCAGCCUACCAAAGAGAAGCCCUCAAUUGCUUUAGAGAAUCGAAAAAACUUGGUAGUAUCAAAGGCGCUUACAAUUUGGGACUCUGCUACGAACAAGGCAUAGGCACAAUCAUUGAUAAAGAAAAAGCUGUGGCACAUUACGAAGAAGCUGCUAGAAAUAACCAUCCUGCUGCCCAAUAUAACUUAGGGUUAUUGUUGUAUCGACGUUAUUUAACCGAUGAAAGUUCAAAAGAAAAUGACAUCACUAGAGCGUAUGACCUUUUGCGUCAAGCUGCUCAACAAGGCGUAGAAGAAGCCUCUGCUGCUCUUAUUGCCAUUGCCAGUGAACAAGAAAACCAAGAUGCAACAACUCCUUCUACCACAACAAAAACUACUGUUGGAAGGAAUACGCUGUGCAAUGGAAUGGCAUCGUUUCGCAAGGCUUCGAGCGAGCCCCACAGUUUCACGUCUUGUCACAGACAGUUAAAAGAUUCAGUAGACACUACUGAAUUUGAAUUGAGAAGGGACUCUAUAUCUUUUUACCUCGGAGAUUAGUCUUAGACUAUUCUCUUUAUCGAUCACUUUGGCUCUGGUUCACGUAGGAUUAUACAGUAAUUAGAGUGGUGACAAUGUACCUAAGCAGUCAACUUUUUUAAGUAGUUUUCGUUUGUAUUGUAAUUAUUUUGAAAAGUUUGAUAAAGGUGCGCUUAGUCAACAAUGGGAUUAAUGACUAGAAUAAAGUGUACUUGGAAAAUGAAA